ACAUACAUCGAAUGUGGGUCAAGCAAUGCUUCGAUGUGCAAUGAAGCUGUUGAGCGCCUGACGUCAGUGUUUACUUCUCUUCCGCGAUCAGGCGAGAGAGCUCAAAGCUGGUCCCGCGCAUUGCUGCUGUGCCACCCUAUGAGAGCGUCGUCUUUUGCGAUCUACUGCUCCCGAGCCGUCCAAACGCGGGAAAUUGAUUGCUCUGCGAAUAGUAGCCACAGCGCCACUACGCGUGCACCGCGUCAUGGUGUCUUGGCAGCGCGCUGAGCUUCUAGAAAGAAUCAUUCUGUGGCUAGUGAUGUGCCCAGCUCGAGUCGAGGUGUAGUCGUGCUCCUCGGGAGUUCACUGUAGCGGAUACGACAUCACAAAGAAGCUAAGCACACGUGGCCUAUGACGACUGGGUCCGGCCGGUGGAGGACCAUCUGAAAGGGGAGGGGCUUGUGAGUCG